AUGCCCUGCGAUAGAGUCAAUCUCAAGAGAUUGGAAGACGAGGAGUCGGAAGUUUGGAGUGUAUCAGAAGAGGGCUAUGGAGCCAUCUCAUUUGGCACGUACCGUCGCAAGAAAGUGGUGAAGAAGGAUUUCAAAUAUAUGAAUACAAUUACUGAACGCAUAUACAACUACCGUGAAGCCUACGCACUUUCUACCUGCAAUCACCCAAACAUCGUCAAGUUCAUUGGUGCUGGUCCAAACACGCGAAUAGCCAACGUCCGCUAUGUUGUGAUCGAGCGGGCGACAGAUGCCUCUCUGAAGGAAAAUUAUCUUCACUCGCGUGCUGAGCUGAUCAUCCAUCGAGACUUAAAACCCGCGAACAUGCUGCUCUUUGACGGAUGCACUACCCUCAAGAUAAGCGACUUUGGCAGCUCGAAGAUUUUGAAGCGAUCAGUAAAUCAGGGUUCUCUUCUCUAUAUGGCACCAGAGGUAAAACAGCCCUUGGUGGCCACCACCUGUCCAAUUCUCCCACGGACGCACACACACAUCACACAGAACACAACAGUAGUAAUCUCCGUUUGUAAUGAUCUCUUGAAGUGGAAAACGAGCUCGAAUGACCCUGCAUUUGCAUUGGGUAAGACACAGUCACUUAAUACACAGGAGCAAUUGGUCAGACUAUUCGGUGAUGAUGAGCCUGCCUACAUCCGUUGCUUGGAUGCUCGUCUUGAUUCUAGGCUUACCAAGGAUAAAUUCUAUACCGGUUAUUCGAAGUCGGUGGAUAUUUACACCAUGACGGUUUCAAUUUCGGAAAUACUGACACGGAGAUUGGACGAAGAUGUGAAUCCCAACUGCGUGAAGAUCCAUUCGUGUCCACAAUUUCUAAACUGUCUCUUCGAUCGGUGA